UUUCUCUGAAUAAAACCUUAAUUUUUAUCAUUUAUUGAUUGUUAUAAAAUUUGCGAUUAUUAUGAAUACUUCUUCAAAAAAUCUUGGAAUAAGAUUAUGAAUUUAGAACGAACGACUAGAGGAAGGAAAAGAUCACGAAAUUGAUGCAAAUAACGAAUCCUAUGUAUGUUUUAAAAACCGGCUUAUCCAGUGUUCGUUUAUUUUAAAUAUUACCUAGUUUUAAAUUUAUCGUGCCCUUGUAAAAUGAAAAUUAGUUCCCCUCUGGAAUGCUCUCCCACUUAUAUUGCCUAUAUGAUUAUGUGAUCAAGUACAAAGUGUGAAAGCGAAUGAAACAGAAGGAUAAAAGUGAUUUUUAUUCUACGCAUGUGCACCAGAAUAAGAGUGAGGGGAAAAUAUUAAAAAUAAAAAGAUUUUACAGUAUAUAGAACUUCGAUCGGCUUGCGUGAAACUUUAUUCGCAGUAGAUAUGUUAAGAUCAUUCUCAUAUAGUUUUAGAGCUACCUUAUAGAAAAAUGUCUGCAGUACUCUUCGUUUUUAUGCUUUUGAUAGCGUACAUUAUAGCGUAUCUACAAGAUAUUACACCAUAAAAAAAUCUCUUCCGUUUGGAAAAUGUUUACCGCACUUUUUGCUUUUGCGCUUAUAACAACGUAUGUUACAGCAGAAAUACCUUCUUACAUUCAUCCAUGUGGCCGCAAAGAUCCUAAUUAUGAUCAAUGCGUCGUGAACAAUACUUACAGUGCGUUAAAUACGAUGUGCACAAAGAAUUACGAUGUUAACGUUUUGAACAACCAAUCAAUACUUAUGGAUAAAAUAGUUAUUUAUGAUACAAAUAAUCUUAAAUUAUAUCUCAAAGAUAUAAAAAUACUUGGAGUUUGUGAUAAUUUGAAUAUAAGAUAUGUGCACGUAGAUCCUGACAGACUUCACUACGAUACUGAAAUUAUACUUGGGAAAAUGAGCAUAAAUGCUUCGUAUGACUUUGACAUACGUGUACUGGUGUCUCUUGCUAAUAAGGGACUAGUUACCAUAAGACCAACAAAUGACACAUUAUUGAAAUUAAAUCUGGAUCUAAAAGUGGCAACUAAGAAUGCGAAAAAAGAGAUAUACGUUUCGAAAGUAAAGGCAAAUAUUAAUAUCUCAGGAAUAGAAUAUGUAUUUGAUGAAAGCGAAAAGGAAUUAGUUCAACUGCAUCAAGCUAUUAAAAGUGUUGUAGACAGUAAUACUGAAGAUAUUAUUAAUAUUGUUAAAGCAGCACUAGAAGAGAAAAUCUCUCAAAUAAUUAUCUACACAUUUAACACCAUAAGCCGUUCUAAUUACGAGAAACUAUUUGGCGAGAAUGCAUAAAUUGUCUGGUACUUUGGGAUUCGUUAUUGUAAGAAUUCUUACAAUUUAAAAUUGUAC